AUGCCUCUCAUCAACGGCCAGAAGAUGGCCUGCGAGCCCUGCAUCCGCGGCCAUCGCUCGACCAAAUGUACUCACGCGAACGAGCGAUUGAUGGUGCCUGUUCGCAAACCAGGCCGUCCCCUGAGUACUUGUCCUCACCCGGCAUCUCGCCCAUGCUCCUGUGGCAGAGUCACAGCCGCCAUCCCCAAGAAGCAGCCGUGUCGCUGCGGCUCCAACAAAAGCGCCGAAUCUCCCACUGGGAAGCCCGAGAAUGGCGACUCAGCAAGCGAAUCGACAUCUCAAAGUCCUUCCAGCAAGACAACAAGUUCAAGUUACCGAGUGCAGAAGACGAGCUCUAGGAGCAGCGUCUCCAGUCGGCGACCAUCUGUUGACCCAGCUGCACUCCAGAGGAUGGACCCUGGCAUGCUCAAUAUCAUGCCUGCCUAUGACGGCAUAUCUCAGAAGCCUGCUGCACCCCUUCCCGAGAUGUCUCCCUAUGGAGCCAUGGGUAUGACGCCGGCGGAAAGCCCAUUUGGGCCGGUCAUGUAUCCCAUGUUUCAACCACAUAUGCCGCCUCCCAUGAUGAGCGCGGAUGGCUCUAAACCGGUCCUGGCUUCCCAUGGCGUUUCCAUGGCGACUCCACAUAUACCGGAAGAAACGAGGGAACCUGUGGCCAAGGGCGGUUCGUGUUGCGGCGGUGGUAACGCUGAUGAUGAUUCUGCUGUCCCUAGCACACUUCCUUCGAUGCCGAGUCCUCCGACCAAGACGAAACCCAAGAGUUGUUGUUCGUCCAGCAUCAACUCUCCUAAACCGGACCAAAAGUCAGACACGGUGCCCACAUCCGACGUUUCAACGCCGAAUGGCAUGGUCAUGUCACCUUUCCCACCGACGCCUAUUAUGAUGCCGAACGGCAUGUAUGCCUAUUAUCCCCAACCUACAGUAUUCACCUACCCCCCACAGUACGGCUCCUACUUGCAGCCUUUACAACCCGAGCAGUGGAGGCAGGUCAUGGCAUCGAUGACAUUUGCGGGUCAAGGUGGUAUGCCGUCUCCCUACGGCAUGCCAUACCCUCCUCCAGGAACGCCUCAUUCGGCCGCGGGCACUUCUCACCAGUGCAGUUGUGGCGCAUCUUGCCAGUGUAUCGGAUGUGCGGCCCACCCAUACAACGAAGCAACCCAGAACUACGUUCGAUCUGCGUGGCAGAGCAUGAUGGAAGAUCCUCAACGAGCACAGACCCACAGCAGCGCCGGCUAUACUCAUGUUAACGGACACGGAAAUGCUGAGAUGCCGACAACGAACGGUUCGGGUGCACCAACGGUGCCUGCUGUCGGACCUGCUGAAGGAACGGUAUCGCCAGUUGCACCACAAACGCCAUCCGAGGCGGCUUCAGGGGUCAGCGAGGAACAGGCUCUGUCGGCCAACGACUUCUUUUUCGUCAGUUAUCCGUUUGGAGACUCGUGUGCCGGCGAGCAAGCGAGCUGCCCUUGUGGAGAUGAUUGCCAGUGCCUUGGCUGUGUGAUACAUAACAAUUCCGAGGUGGUGGCAGAAGGGGUUGCUGAAGCAUAG